AAAAAACAGAAAACAAAAUAGCGAACCCGUUAAAUUGUUCAAUUUAUACCUGGGUGACUUACCAGAUAAUUUAAAACCAAAACUCCCAAUCGAUUACAAAAAGGCUAUUACUGACUAUCUUAGAGAAUUCGGAAUGUUCAUUAAAGAAAAGAUUUGCCAUUUGGAUGGAUUUGACUACUUUGAAGAUGUAUUGUUAGUACUUACAAUUCCUGCAGAAUAUUCAGGAAUGGAUAAGGUUAUUAUGAGACAAUGUGUGUAUAAUGCGGACCUCAUUAAAGAUAGAGAUUCAGAAAAACUGCAAUUUACUACAGAAUCUAAAGCUACCGCAUUAAAUUGUGUGAAAAAUUAUUUUAAAUGUGAAAUAGGAGAGACAUUUAUGUUUGUUGACUGUGGUAAAUAUACUACAAAUUUGACUACUCGUAAGUUAGUUAGAAAUGAUCCAUUGCAUAUAGAUAAAGUUACAGUACAGAUUAGAGACUUCUAUGGUAGUAGAUUGAUUAAUGAAGAAUUUAUUAAAUUUUUACGUGAAAGACUUGGAACUUGUACCAUAGAUCUAUUGAAAGAAAAUAAUUAUGAACGAUUACAAUACAUGAAGUUUAAUUAUGAACUAGACAUUUUAUAUGAAGAUCAAAAUUUGCUACGGCAUGUCAGUGAAGAAAUUAAGGAAAUCAUGGAAGAAAUAAUUGAAAUUAAAUAUAAUGACAUAAAAAAAAUGUUUGAUCCUAUUGUUGAUAGAAUUAUUCGUUUAAUACAUAUACAACUUUUAAAUAAUAAAGAAAAUUGCUCAACCAUAUUUUUAACUGGGGAUUUUUGUGUAAGAAAAUAUUUACAAAAUAGAAUAAAAGAAGAAUUUAGUCAUCAAGUGAAUAAUAUUUCAGUUCCUGCUCUCCCAGAAGUAGCAGUUGUACGUGGAGCUGUAAUUUAUGGAUUAUCAACUAUUUUGUAUGGUACUGAAUUCGAUGGCUUAAAACUUGUUAUUUCCUCAAGACUCCUUAAAUUUACUUAUGAAAUUCAAUAUAACUGGAAAAGUAGUGAUGAUUUUACUCAUGAUGGAAAAAAUUGUAAAUUUAAGACUUUAGUCAAACGAGACACUGAAAUUACACCUGAUCAAACUUUUUCCUUCAAUUUUAAACCUGGGUCCAAGCAGAUAAGUGAAAGUUUUGCAAUUUACUAUACACAAAAGUACAAUAUAGGGUACUGUGAUGAACCAGGAGUAAAACGACUUGGGAUAUUAAAUAUUGACCUUUCAGAACAUAUGGCUACUUUUUGUUAUCCAGAUGAUGAUUUUUAAUUUUACUGUAUAAAUAAUUCAAUUAUUUCAUAUUUGGCCAUAA